AUGGCCAUCUCACUUCGUCUCUUAUUUUCAUUCUUUUCGAUUGUGGCUUCGGUAUCGGGGCUGACUCCAGCGCAGUGGCGUCAACAAUCUAUAUACCAAGUCUUGACAGAUAGAUACGCUCGGGCUAAUGGCGACCAGUCUCCGUGCAGCAAUCUGGCCGAUUACUGUGGCGGGACGUGGAAGGGUGUUACCGCCAACCUCGACUACAUCCAGCAGAUGGGCUUCACGGCGAUCUGGAUAUCGCCCGUUGUGAAGAACCCCAUCAUAGCGUCGAAUGACCUUCCUCCGGAUGGCAAUUCGUACCAUGGGUACUGGGCACAGGACGCAUAUUCUCUCAACCCGAAAUUCGGCACUACUGCAGAUUUGAAAGAACUGUCCAGCGAGUUGCACUCUAGAGGAAUGUAUCUGAUGGUUGACGUCGUUCCUAAUCAUAUGGGAUCGGUCUCGUCCCAGACCGCUGUUGACUAUAGCCUUUUGAAUCCUUUUAACAAACAGUCGUAUUUCCAUCCUCCGUGUGGGCCAAUCGACUACCACAACGAUACAAGCAUCAAGCAGUGCUGGCUCGGGAGCAACAACGUAGCUCUGCCUGAUUUGAAGACCGAAAAUUCAACGGUAGCAAGCAUGUGGGGCGAUUGGAUCAGUUCACUGGUGGCUAACUACUCAAUCGAUGGCUUGCGUAUCGAUACCGCACAGCAAAUCAACACUGGCUUCUGGAAUGACUUCCAAAACUCAGCAGGGGGCAUCCACACCCUCGGCGAGGUCUUCGUCACCGAUGCGAAGACCAUGUGUCCGUAUCAAAACUACCUUCAUGGUCUCCUAAAUUACGUCUCCUUUGAUUACAUUAGGAAAGCGUUCCAAAGCACCAGCGGCAGCAUCCAGAACCUCGUCGACAACGUCAACACCAUGAAGGGAACUUGCCACGACGUGACCCUCCUCGGCAGCUUCAUCGAAAACCACGACAACUCCCGCUUCCCCUCCAUCGUUCAAAACAAGGACAUCGUCCUCAUCCGCACCGCCAUCACCUUCGCCAUGCUGCAGGAUGGAAUUCCAAUCAUCUACCAAGGACAGGAGCAAGAAUAUACCGGCUCGGACACGCCCGCGAACCGCGCCCCGCUCUGGACGUCCAACUACAACAAGACUGCGAAUCUGUACCUCCACAUUCAAAACGUUAACAAGCUCCGUACGUGGGCGAUCCAUCAAGACGCUACGUGGCUUACCUAUAAUGCCUAUCCUAUCUAUAAUGACACCCAGACGGUUGUCAUGCGGAAGGGAUACGACGGCAAGCAAGUCGUCGGCGUGUACAGCAACAGCGGAUCCAGCGGCGCGACACGCACGAUUACUGUUUCCUCUGCGAAGUCUGGGUUUACGGCUGGACAGAAGAUUACAGAGGGUUUGAGGUGUCAGGCUUUGACGGCGGAUAGUAAGGGGAAUUUAGGGGUUGUCAUCUCGGGUGGAAGUCCGAGUGUUUUGUAUCCUACCGCUGGGUUGGCUGGCAGUGGAAUUUGUGGGCUGUAG